CUUCGAAUGAGUCUGCCCACGACAUUAUUCACGACGCCAACUCGCGACAAGCUUUGUUUGCUUCAGAAGGCUCCAGCAGGAGCUGGCUGCCACGCAUGAUGUGGAACGACGAGGAUAACAACCCGUACGGCACCAGCUUUGAGCGUCGCGACUCAACAGCUUCGUCUACCGCCAACCCCAACUCGCCCGGCUCUCAACACGGCUACACAGGUCCCCGCACUCCUUCAACUGUCAGUGACCACCGACCUGAGCCCGAAACAACUUCCCAUGCUCAGCAAUACGAUACCAGUGAUGCGGGCAGUGAUGAGGAUUAUGGAGGGGGAGCUCCCAAAAGAAAGAAGGGCGGAUAUGAUAGCAGGAUCGAGCAAAUACUCUACGAGAACCCCGACCUCCCCAUUCUGAUCGUUGAUGCUGGUAAGAGCUUGGAAAGUGGAGGCAAAUAUAUCGUCUACACCAUCCGGACAGGAGAUCUAGAGGUUCGUCGGCGAUAUUCAGAAUUUGCGUCCCUCAGAGAUGCUCUCUCACGACUUCAUCCUACCUUGAUCAUCCCACCCAUUCCAGAGAAGCAUACUAUGGCAGAUUAUGCAGCGAAUCCGACAAAAGCAAAGCAAGACCAGCAAAUCAUUGAUCUUCGAAAGCGCAUGUUGGCUGUAUUUCUCAACCGAUGUCGGCGCAUGGAUGAGGUCCGGAACGAUGGAGUUUGGUGGAGAUUCCUCGACCCAAAUUCAAGCUGGAAUGAGGUAUUGCACUCGCAUCCAAUCGCUUCUAUCCCAAAAUCUGUCAUGAAAGCCCCUCCUCUCGACCCCGCCAACCCCUCACCUGCCCAUGCCUGGCUCCCGGUUCCCGCCUCUUCUGCCAAGCUCAAGGCGUCUUCAACGACAACUCUUAACGCCCAAGGUAUGCCAGUCCAACAGCCUACCGAAUAUGCUGCAAGCCCUUCGACGGCUGCUCAUACGAUACCAGGCCCACAAUUAUUUGGUCGAUUUCCUCCCGAUUCAGCGCAUAUGAGCGAACAAGAUCUCGACCCCUACUUCAUCAAUUUCGAAGCUGCCACCAAGGAGCUCGAGCUAUUACUUACAGGACCCAUUGAGAAGGUCAAUCGUCGGACCCUGCAACAUCUUUCCUCUCUAUCUUCCGAUCUGGCAGAACUCGGCGCUAGAUUCAAUGGCUUCUCUCUCUCGGAACCGUCUCCCUCCCUCGCCGCAGCAAUUGAACGUGUCGGUCAAGCUGUAGACUCGUCUUAUCUUGCGACAGAAGAGCUUUCAGGCUCCUUAGGCGCAAGCUUUGCUGAGCCUAUGCGGGAGAGUGCACAAUUUGCUGGAGUUGUCCGCGGCGUUCUUCGGUACCGAGUCCUCAAGCGAGUGCAACAGGAAAUGACCAAUGAUGAGUUGGCCAAGAAGCGGGCACUGCUUGAGUCUUUGGAGAGAAGCGAAUCUGAAGCCAAGAGAAUCGAGCAGUAUCUGAAUAGCAGUGGCACGGGAAGCAUACCCCGACGCUCCACUUCAUCAGCCAGAGAUCCCCCACUCCAGAGACGAGAAAACAGUCAGGAAGACACCGCAUCUAUCGAUUCAGACUUCCCUCCAACUCACGGCGAUACUCCUUCUGCUGCCCAAGGCGCACCGCAAAUCGAAGAACAAUCGCCAAAUCACAAGAAGAGCUCCAGUGGUAACUUCAUCACAAACAGAAUAUUUGGACGAAUAAACCACGCAAUACAUGGGGUUGUAGAUGUGGAUCCCGAGCGUACGAGAAGAGAUCUCAUUGGAAAGACGAGAGAAUCGAUUGGACAGCUCGAGCACGCACAGCAGGCCUCUGAGAAAGAUGUUCGGGAUGCAAGUUCUGGCAUCUUGAAGGAUCUGAAGCGUUUCCAGGCGGAGAAGGAAGAUGAUUUGAGACGGUACAUGCUUGCAUAUGCCAAGAGUCAAAUCGAGUGGGCGAAGAAGAAUAAGGAGACUUGGGAGGAGGCCAAAGCAGAGAUCAAUAAGAUAGAUGAGGAUUGAGUGAUGACUGAUGAAUGAAGACGCAUGGAUCGUGGUUUCGGCGGUAAUAGUGAGAACUCGGGGCCCUGUUGAUGGGCAAGGGAGAGGAGUCAGGAGCUCUUGGUGUACUUUUUAUGACUGCCAGGAGGAGCAGUAAUAGAUGAUGAUCCUGCCUAAAUGACCUCGAAUUCGACGUCUCCAAUGGUUCGAUGAUUGGUUCCCCUUUUCUGCUGACUAGGCGCCCU